AUGUUCCGGUGGUACCAGACGAAGCUCGCAAAGCAGCCCAUCCUCACAGCCAGCGUUACUAGCGCUGUGCUUUUCGGGAGCGGCGAUGUUCUUGCACAGCAGGCAGUCGAUCGCAGAGGCUGGGAGAAGCAUGACAUGGCACGAACUGGUCGCAUGUUCUUCUACGGAGGUGCGGUCUUUGGACCGGCCGCCACUACCUGGUUUGGCAUCCUGCAGCGUCACGUCGUCCUCAAGAACCCGAAAGCUACGAUUGCCGCUCGUGUCGCCGCCGAUCAGUUAUUCUUCGCCCCGAUCCACCUUUCCUUCUUCCUAGGAUCUAUGGCUGUUAUGGAGGGCAAGGACCCCGUUGAGAAGUGGAAGGCCGGCUUCGCGCCAGGAUACAAGGCCAACCUCGCUCUCUGGCCGAUGGUCCAGGGUUUCAACUUUGCUCUUGUGCCGCUGGAAUACCGGGUGCUCGUCGUGAACGUGGUCAGCUUAGGGUGGAACUGCAUUCUCAGCUUGAUCAACAGCGGCGAAGCAUAA